GGCAUUCAAGAGUUUUUUGUAAAGUGUUCCGUCAUCAAAAAGGGUAUACCAUCAAAAAGUGCUGAGUGAGAGAAUUUACUGUUGUAAUGUUCCCUAAUGAGAGCUCAGAUUGCUUCCAAAUAGAACUUAUAGAAGCUGUUCAAACUCUCUGUGCAAAAUGUUUUUGGACUUUUCAAAGACAGCGUUGGGGAACAAGUUGAUGAUAGUUCUGCACGUCUACCUGCGAUCGAUUAAGCCAAAAUAGGCAUGGUCAUGAUGGUAGGCCAAGAAUGAGGUCUGCACGCAAGGUUAGAUCUAACCUGCUUCUGUUGGGUAUCUCCCUAGGAACCCUUUUCUUUGCCGCUUGGAAACUUGGUGUCGAGAGCUCCUUGAAGAACGCACUUGAUGAACACAUGCAGGUGCAUAAGCCCAUGGAGGUUCCACAGGCACCCUGGACCACUGCCAACAGAGCAUCUAGUCACAAAGUGGGUAGCUUUCCAUCGGAUCAUAAACUUAACUCCACAAUGUACACACUGGAUAAUAAUCACCUAGAACAACUUGUCAAAAGCCUUCAACUGAAGCUAGACGAUGCCUGGGUGUCUGAAACCCCAUCACUUUUUGCAAAGGAAGAGUUUAAGGAUUUAGACAUUCCAGAGUUUCAAGCAAGAGUGCCAGCGGUAGUGUACCAUAAGGAGACGAUCUUGGCUUUCUGCGAGGCCAGGUUUGACACGGUGAUGGACUGGGGGAACAUGAUGAUUAGCUUGAGGCGUGGUAAGCUGACAGGACAAGACGUCACCUGGGAGAGAAUACGACUUAUUGCCGGGAUACCAGGACACAGGACCAUGAAUCCCACUCCCAUUGUUGACCAUAAGAAGAAUGCCAUUGUCUUAGUGUUCUCCGCCUUCCCAACAAACAUGACCUUCUUUGAUUUGGUCAAACGCAGGGGCAAACGAUUAUCAAGAGUUUACGUUAUAAAGAGUUAUGAUGUUGGCUUGACCUGGACGGACCCCGUAGAAAUCACCAAUCAGACCAUCGGCAAGAUGAAACCUUUCCCUGUUUUAUAUGCACCAGGGCCUGGACAUUCCAUACAGAUGAAAAGUGGAAGGCUAAUAGUUCCCGGAAAUUUCUUCACUACAGAGAGAAGAAGAAGUAUCUCUGGCAUGUGCUCUGACUGUACCAACCUGGCCAGCAUAAUAUACAGUGACGACGGGGGCAUAACGUGGCAUCUAGGGGCCGAGACAAAUCCUGCCAAAGAUGCCAGGGGGGCUCGAAUAUACCCAAAUGAAGCUCAGCUUGCUGAAGUUGAGGACGGCACUCUCUACAUGAACCUCCGCACUCUGGAUGGCGUGCAGCCCAGGGCUUAUUGCUAUAGUUACGACGGCGGCCAAUCAUUGACCCCCGUUCAACUCCAUCCUACUCUGGUGGAGCCGGGGUAUAGGAAGAAAAACAAUGUAUGGAAACCCACAUCUCCAGGUGGUUGUCAAGGGAGUGUCAUCGCAGUCAAUUUUGGAAGUCCCAGUCAACGUCCGACGUCGCAGCAGAAAUGGCUGGUUUUCUCCAAUCCAGCUGACCCUUUGAGCCGUGUCAACCUGGGCAUCCGGGUCUCUGCGGACAGGGGCAGCUCCUGGAGCAAUCCCUGGAUAAUCUUUCCUUAUAAGGCGGGCUACUCGGACAUGGUGUACAUCGAGACCACUGUGGCUGGUAAACCGGUGCAGUACUUUGCCAUUAUAUUCGAAGGGGGGAGCUCCCGAUUCUCCGACCACGUGAAAUUCCGGAUGUUUAACAUAGAGGCGCUCAUACAAAAUAUAUUGAAGCAUGAAACAAAUGAGAGACUACACCGACGGCCGUCUGAAAUCUAAAUUGCGUUGUAGUUACUUCUUAUUUUAGUUCCUUCUCCUGCCUGAUUAUCCCCUCCUAUUACACCCCUAUUUAUCUCACACUUCAGGGACGGAUACAGGAGGGGGUGGGGGGGGGGGGGCAGGUGUGAAAUGUAACAAGCAGCAAAUGGUGAAGGCAAGUUAGGCGCCUUUGCCGAAGGCCAAGGGGGGGGGGGACAUAUUGUGAUUAGUAAUGCGAGCGUGUAGCACGAAGCAGUAACUGUGUGGGGUCCGGGGCCUACUUAAGGGCCCCUGAACAUUUUGGAUUCUAGAUGCUCUGUGGUGCAAUCUCAGGCAAUAUCUGACGACUUUAACCAAUUCAAUUUUUAGCAAAAUAUCAUCAUUUAUACAUCAUUUUCGAGUUUGGAGUCAUUGAAUCAGCUAUCCUGAGCUGUAAAAUCAAACUGUAGACAAUAUUUAUCUAUUUGGUAUUUUUUUUUGGAAGAUUGCGUCGGAAAGAGAAAGUGCCUAAGACUUCUAAUUAAUUGUGACAUCAGCACACAGUUUCACAAGAGAAAAAGUCAAAAAUAUUUCCCCGAAUUCAAACAUUUUGGAAAGAAGUCUUCCGAAUUGGCAUUAAUUCAAAUGUAAUAUUAUUGUACCAGGAUACAAGUAUUGAAUGCAAUACUGUAUACAUGUAUUUUUUUAUGUAUUUUUUUUUAUAAAGCGUACUCUUACUUGUUCACGUUGUCUGAUUCUGUCCCUCGUCUUGUCAUACCACAAAUAAUCAAUGACAUGUUUUAUUUCUGCUUUUGAUAUAUCUAUCCAAUCAAUGAUUCUGACCAUAUAAAUUAUACUUUCGAAAUCAUAUUUUCGAAAUGUGUGCAUACAAAUAUUGUAUGUCGUUUGGGAUUAUAAAUUUUGUUCCAAAAGUAAUUACUGCAAAUUACUUUUACAUGUACUAUAAUAUUUCAGUAUUUUUAUUUUAAAAUUUGUUUUUAAAGUUUUGUUCUUCUUUGUUUGUUUUGUUUUUGUUUGUUUUUUGUUUUUGCUGUCUUGCCAAGAUGUAUUAAUGUUAGGGUGUAUUUACUUCCAAUUCAAAUUAGCUAUUUUUUUGGCUGCGUUGGAACCUUUGAGAUAUGCAUAUGGUUUUUCUUUAUUGUAGGGAGACUUAAAGGUAUUAUACAACGUUUGCAAACAUCAAAAAACAAAAACAAAACUACUAAAUUAUUAUAAAAAUACCUUACUGCACUGUUCUUGAAUGACAGUCUAAAGCAUCUUGUAAAAUCACGGCACCUGGUGUGCUUUCAUUUCCAAAAACUGGCCUUUUCAAUAUACUGCCCCCAAUUUACCAUAUUUAGUUAGUCCGCCUUUUGUUUGCAAUCGUACUUGCAAGCCAGCUGGACUGGGUCCCUGACCUUCACAAUUUCCCGACGUCUAUAAAUUGUUUUGUUUUAUCUUAAACCGGAACAUGACUGUUUUUAAUGGUUUUUCCGGAAUCUACGAAAAUAAAACUUCAAACGAGUCGGUGUAACAAUUUUUGUUAUAAAAUACUAACCCCAGAUCCAUCCAUUUCUGAAAAUUACAGCAAAAGCAAAUUAAUUCCCUUAAAAUACCGUUCACUAAAACAAAAAACACACGCACAUACACGCCAGUGCCAGUUCAAGUUUGUUUUUUUUUGUAAUUUAAACAAAAUGUACAAAAUGAAGCCUUGAUGUAUGUUUCCAUGCCGUUGCGUAAAACCAAUAAGUUAUUACAAUAUUAUGUUUGUACUUUGUACAUACAUUUGUAUUAACAGAGACAUUGUUUCAUAUCCGUGUCUGGUAAACAUAUUGUGAUUGUGUAAAAUAAUAACAAGUUAGGGGUGCUGCAGGAAACGAACGAGGCCAAAACAACAUCCGGUUUCUGGUUCGGUGGAGUAUACGUCAUGUGAUGAUGAUACUCUUGUGCCUUGUAAUAUUGCCAUACUAAACCUUGCCAGUUUGCCAAAUGUGCAUCUCUUAAAGAGACAAUGCAUAUGAAAUUAACAGUCACUUCAAGACAUUAACAGGUUUCUUAUAUCGUGUCUUAAUAAACUAUAUUAGACAGUUUCCACCGAAAUGUACAGGGUGAGUAAUGGUUGGACCAUUGAAGGGAGUUCUGAAUGUAGCACUUUAAAAAUCUAGGAUAUAAAAGCCGAAUUCCUAAGCUUUCGUUUAGAACCACUUGUAAUCAUUUAGAUCACUCAUGUAAUAGUCAAGUUACGGAAUUUUAAACACAACCACCGUUUCAAACUUCUGCCCAUUGAUCAAGUGUUCUUUUUCAGCAAGACAAAUACAAUUCACAUACAACUCCAUUAUUAUAUGUUCAUUUUCUUUUCUGCUGAAAGAACACCAACCUUUUUUUAUGAUCCGCGGACAGAACUUUUAAACUAUAACUUAAAAGUACAUGGGUGAUUUGAAUGAUUCUUGUAC